AAUUUUUAUCAACGUAAAUGAAAAAUCCAAACAUAACAGAAACUCUUCUGCGAGUUUACCUCCUCAAAACCAUCCUCUCUCUCUCUCUCUCUCUCUCUCUCUCUCUCUCUCUCCUUCCGUCUCCUGUACCUCAAAAUCCUAUCAACCCUCGUAAUAAAAAUUCUCUCUCUAUUCCUAUUCACCCAUGUAUAUAUAAUUAAUGGCUAUCUGUCUUCAGAUCUGCCUUGCUUGCCUUCUUCUGCCAUUUUCAUCUUAAACAAGAUCCAUGUAAAACGAAAACUGAGACCUUCUCCUCCCUCUAUGCGUAUCAGAUUCGAAGAGCUAUAACAUGGGUCGUCUGUUCACGAUCGGGCUAAUAACAGCAUGGUACUCCUCAAACAUUGGAGUAUUAUUAUUAAACAAGUACUUGCUUAGCAACUACGGAUUCAAGUACCCAAUUUUCCUCACCUUAUGUCACAUGAUGUCGUGUUCUUUGCUCAGUUACAUUGCCAUUUCAUGGCUCAAGGUUGUGCCUUUGCAGACGAUAAGAUCAAAAGUGCAGUUUUUCAAGAUAUCUUCACUUGGGAUCAUUUUUUGCUUAUCCGUUGUUACUGGCAAUGUUUCGCUUAAGUAUCUUCCUGUGUCGUUUAAUCAGGCCAUUGGGGCUACCACUCCCUUUUUCACUGCUGUUUUUGCAUAUUUAAUGACAUUGAAGAGGGAGAGUUGGGUUACUUACGUCACUCUCAUUCCUGUUGUUACUGGUGUUGUCAUCGCCAGUGGGGGAGAACCAAGUUUUCAUCUCUUUGGUUUUAUAGUGUGUAUUGGUGCUACAGCAGCACGUGCACUCAAGACAGUGUUUCAAGGGAUUUUGCUGUCUUCUGAAGGGGAAAAACUCCAUUCAAUGAACCUAUUAAUGUAUAUGGCUCCUGUAGCUGUUGCUUUCCUUAUUCCUACUGCAAUUUUUAUGGAAGGAGAUGUAGUUGGGAUCACAAUUGCCCUUGCCAGGGAUGAUAUGAAAUUCAUACUGUAUCUGACCUUCAAUUCUGCACUGGCAUAUUUUGUGAACUUGGCCAAUUUCUUGGUCACUAAACACACCAGUGCCUUGACACUCCAGGUCCUGGGAAAUGCGAAAGGGGCUGUUGCAGUUGUUAUUUCAAUUUUGAUAUUCAGAAAUCCUGUAUCAGUGACUGGUAUGUUUGGAUACUCAAUAACUGUAAUUGGGGUCAUUCUCUACAAUGAAGCCAAGAAAAGGUACAAAUAAGACAGUCAUCAUGCAUGGUAUACAGAUACAGAUUCGAUCUUUUUUCUGACUUUUAUUUAACUGAAGAUAUAUUCAGCAGUAGCAAGCUUUGUGACUAAGGCUGUAAGUUCAUGUCACAGAUGCUAUAACUUGACCUCUUUCAAGUUCUGACAGUUAAUAGCAAGGAACCAUAAAAUAAAGGAAGGCUUUUUCUCAGCCAAGUGCUGCUGGGCAAUCUAUCUUCGCCUUGUUUGGAGGGUGGAGAAUAUUUUGACUGAUUCAUCCCUAAAACCUUUUUUUUUUGUUUUUCAUCUUUACAAAAUUUUGAUCACCAAAAGGUACAAUUUUGGUUAAUUGAUAGGAAGAUGAUAUGAGAAUUUUAGCUUUAUUGAUUCAUUUUUCUCCCCCUAGUGGUAGUCGACUUGUAUUCUCUGUACUGGCGCUUGGCAAUUGGCAUCUGCAAUUCAUUUGCAGCACCUUAAGAUGUACUUUAACUUUAUUUGUUUGAAAAGGCAUCCACAAAUUCUAUAUUA